AUGAGUAACCUAAGAAACGUUGAUCGCGGAGGUAUCCCUGACGACGUAUCCACGACGACCAGCCCAAACACCCCUUCCGAGAGGCCAGAGACCCCCUCUGAAGGAGCCGGUGGGGGAGACGAGCCCCCGUCCCCUACCACCCGAGGUCGCACCCCAGCUGGAGAAGUGUUCUACGUCCCGACCACUAAGAGUUCUAUAUCAGUGUUCUACAUCCCAACCACUAAGAGUUCUAUAUCAGUGUUCUACAUCCCGACCACUAAGAGUUCUAUAUCAGUGUUCUACAUCCCGACCACUAAGAGUUCUAUAUCAGUGUUCUACAUCCCAACCACUAAGAGUUCUAUAUCAGUGUUCUACAUCCCAACCACUAAGAGUUCUAUAUCAGUGUUCUACAUCCCGACCACUAAGAGUUCUAUAUCAGUGUUCUACAUCCCGACCACUAAGAGUUCUAUAUCAGUGUUCUACAUCCCGACCACUAAGAGUUCUAUAUCAGUGUUCUACAUCCCGACCACUAAGAGUUCUAUAUCAGUGUUCUACAUCCCAACCACUAAGAGUUCUAUAUCAGUGUUCUACAUCCCGACCACUAAGAGUUAUAUCACAGUGUUCUACAUCCCAACCACUAAGAGUUCUAUAUCAGUGUUCUACAUCCCAACCACUAAGAGUUCUAUAUCAGUGUUCUACAUCCCAACCACUAAGAGUUCUAUAUCAGUGUUCUACAUCCCGACCACUAAGAGUUCUAUCACAGUGUUCUACAUCCCAACCACUAAGAGUUCUAUAUCAGUGUUCUACAUCCCAACCACUAAGAGUUCUAUAUCAGUGUUCUACAUCCCGACCACUAAGAGUUAUAUCACAGUGUUCUACAUCCCAACCACUAAGAGUUCUAUAUCAGUGUUCUACAUCCCGACCACUAAGAGUUCUAUCACAGUGUUCUACAUCCCAACCACUAAGAGUUCUAUAUCAGUGUUCUAUGUCCUGACUACUAAGAGUUCUAUAUCAGUGUUCUACAUCCCAACCACUAAGAGUUCUAUAUCAGUGUUCUACAUCCCGACCACUAAGAGUUCUAUAUCAGUGUUCUACGUCCCGACCACUAAGAGUUCUAUAUCAGUGUUCUACGUCCCAACCACUAAGAGUUCUAUAUCAGUGUUCUACAUCCCGACCACUAAGAGUUCUAUAUCAGUGUUCUACGUCCCGACCACUAAGAUGUUCUACAUCCCAACCACUAAGAGUUCUAUAUCAGUGUUCUACAUCCCGACUACUAAGAGUUCUAUAUCAGUGUUCUACAUCCCAACCACUAAGAGUUCUAUAUCAGUGUUCUACAUCCCGACUACUAAGAGUUCUAUAUCAGUGUUCUACAUCCCGACCACUAAGAGUUCUAUAUCAGUGUUCUACGUCCCAACCACUAAGAGUUCUAUAUCAGUGUUCUACAUCCCAACCACUAAGAGUUAUAUCACAGUGUUCUACAUCCCAACCACUAAGAGUUCUAUAUCAGUGUUCUACAUCCCGACCACUAAGAGUUCUAUCACAGUGUUCUACAUCCCAACCACUAAGAGUUCUAUAUCAGUGUUCUACGUCCCGACCACUAAGAGUUUUAUAUCAGUGUUCUACGUCCCGACCACUAAGAGUUCUAUAUCAGUGUUCUACGUCCCGACCACUAAGAGUUCUAUAUCAGUGUUCUACAUCCCGACCACUAAGAGUUCUAUAUCAGUGUUCUACGUCCCGACCACUAAGAGUUCUAUAUCAGUGUUCUACAUCCCAACCACUAAGAGUUCUAUAUCAGUGUUCUACAUCCCGACCACUAAGAGUUCUAUAUCAGUGUUCUACAUCCCAACCACUAAGAGUUCUAUAUCAGUGUUCUACAUCCCGACUACUAAGAGUUCUAUAUCAGUGUUCUACAUCCCAACCACUAAGAGUUCUAUAUCAGUGUUCUACGUCCCGACUACUAAGAGUUCUAUAUCAGUGUUCUACAUCCCGACCACUAAGAGUUCUAUAUCAGUGUUCUACGUCCCAACCACUAAGAGUUCUAUAUCAGUGUUCUACAUCCCAACCACUAAGAGUUCUAUAUCAGUGUUCUACGUCCCAACCACUAAGAGUUCUAUAUCAGUGUUCUACAUCCCAACCACUAAGAGUUCUAUCACAGCGUUCUACGUCCCAACCACUAAGAGUUCUAUAUCAGUGUUCUACAUCCCAACCACUAAGAGUUCUAUAUCAGUGUUCUACGUCCCAACCACUAAGAGUUCUAUAUCAGUGUUCUACAUCCCAACCACUAAGAAUUCUAUAUCAGUGUUCUACAUCCCAACCACUAAGAGUUCUAUAUCAGUGUUCUACGUAGGGUUAUAG